UCAUUCCAUUUUGCCCCAAACAAAUAUAGGGGACAAAUCAAAAAAAGUGAAUGAAUUGACUCUCAACCGAUUUCUAUAUAUCAAUAAUUAGCAUUUAUAAAUCAUUCCUAAAUUUAAAUUAAUCAAUUGAAUCAGUAUUGAAUAGUUCGCUGUAUAAUGACAGAACCUGCCACUCCAUUUAAGGUUAAAUCAAUCUUUGAAUAUAAGUCAGAGUUUGAAGAUGAUUUGACUUUCCCCAUUGGAAAGAUUAUCACAGUAAUUGAAGUGGAAGAUGAUGAAUGGUUUUCGGGUGAAUUGGAUGGUAAAACAGGUAUGUUUCCAAAGAAUUUCGUCGAGAUACUUCCCGUCGAGCCAGCAGUUCCUGUUCCAACAUCUCGUCCAACUCCAAAGAAAACUGUAUCUUCGGCUGUGGUGGCUCCUAUUGUCACUCAGACUGCGAAACAAGUUGAACCUGACCAUAAUAAACCAAUAUCACCUACUAGUCCAUCAGUUGAAGCUAGAAGAUCAUCAAUUGGUAGUGGUGUUAAAGUCCCACUUCCAUAUCAAAGCAAUCAAAGAGUUGCUGAUCCUUAUAGUAUAAAGAAACAAUUUGUUGCUGCUGGUCAUUCAUCUUAUGUUCCUCAAAUUAAGCCAAGAGAUGAUUCUAAUAUAAUUUCACACGCGUUACAUGAUGUUACCACCGAUGAUAAAGAUAUUGUUAAAUCCACCCCAGUAUCUGAGAAACAAAUUGAACAUGAAGAAGAACCUAAAGUCAGUUUAAAGGAUCGUAUUGCUUUAUUGCAAAAGCAACAACAAGAAGAAGCUGAACGUGAGAUUGCUUCUUUGAAGAAGAAAGAAGAAAAGAAGAAAAGACAAGAUGAGGCUAAAGAAACUACCAGACAUAGAAAUGAAGUUCAAGAAGCUGAACUUGCUUCUCAGAAGAGUGGUGAUAAUGAAAGUUUAAGUAGAAGAAGAUCAAUUGAUAGUGUUGAGAGUAUGAGACGUCAAAAUUCAAUUCGUGAUGAAUUCAUCCAAGAACAUGGUGAAGACAUAGAUGAAGUAGAAGAAGACGUUCAUCCAGAAGCAGAAUUGAAAGAGGAAGAAGAGGAGGAGGAGGAGGAGGAAGUCGAAGAAGAAGAUGGCGAUGAUGGAGAAGCAGAGGAUGAAGAAUCUGAAGAUGAAGAACUGAAGAGAAGAAAAUUAGUCGAACGUAUGGCUAAGAUUUCUGGUGGUAGAAAUAUGUUUGGUAUGAUGGGUAUGGCUUCACCAUUUGGAGCUGCCCCUCCUCCAGCUGCUACUGAGAAAGCAACCAAACCUAAAAAGAAGACUACUAAAGCUGUUGAAUCUGUGCAACCUUCUGAACCAACAGAAGCACCAAAAUCAAUUCCAAUCAUUCCUAAAGUUGAAGAAUCACAACAUCCUAAACUUCGCGAGUCUUCAUCAAUGGUUGAAGAAGAUAGUGAUUCUGAUGAUCGUUAUGUUGAAGUUGAGAAUCCAACUGUUAAUUUAGAUUCACCAUUGAAUAAUCCUAGUGGACCAAUAUCCAAACAAAUCAUUGAAGCUUCGGACAGUGGUAUUGAUGAUAUUAAGAAACCAACUGAUCAAAUUAAAAUCACAAGACAUGCCACUGAACCAGAAGCUACUGGAUAUGAAGCUGAUGAAGAUUUAUCUGAUUUAAAGACCAAUACGAUUGAUAGUGAUAUUGAGAUUCCUCCUCCUCCACCACCAACUAAGAAUACAUCUACUCCUCUUAAAAAAGAAGUUGAUGAAGAUGAAAAAGAAAUUGAACAUCGUCCACCCCCACCACCUAUUCCCUCAUUACCAUCAUCAGUUCCACCAGUUCCGCCAGUUCCACAAGUACCAGCUGCACCACCCCCAGUUCUGUCACGACCACCGCCCCCAGCUCCUCCAACUUCGCAUUUACCACCUCCUCCUGUGCCACCAAUUCCACCAGUUCCAAGUAGAGGUAUUGAUGAACGUGAACAAGAUAUUGAAGAAGAGGAUGAAAGUGAGGAAGAAGAAGAAGAAGAUACUCCGGUAUUAUCACAUCAAGAGAUUUCUCAUGGCGAUGAUGAUGAUGAGUUUGCAUUCACUCCAGCAGCACCAACCAGAGCAAGUACGGCUCCAACUCAUUUUGCUCCACCACCUAUUCCACCUAUUCCAACUUCUAUCCCACCUGUACCAUCUACGUUUGUACCUCCAAUUCCAUCUAAUUAUCCACCUGCUCCAGAAGUAGUUAGACGAGCAUCUACUGAAGUUUUCCAUCAAGCUCCAUUAACUAGUAAUUCUACAGGUGCAUCAAUUGGAUCAAGACAAUCUCUUGAUUCAGGUUCACGUAGUAGAUCCUCCAAAACAACUAAAUCCGAUCAAUCCCAAGCUGAACUUGUAUUUGAUGAAUUACACGAGGAAGUCAAUAUCAAUACGGUUUCAAAUCAACAAUGGUGGUUGAAUGAUGAAUUACCGGAUAAAUUAACUUCUAAGAUUGGUAAUGAUUUAAUCUUUGAGAUUGAUAAGAAUAGUAUUGGCAAAAGAGGAAGUCGACAAAUUGAAAUUAAAGAUUAUUAUAUUUUAUUUUACGACUUAUCUCAGAUUGUGAUUGAAUUACAAUAUGAAACAAGAGAUCCAAGAUCAACCGUUAAAUUAGUUAAUUUCUUCAUAAAACCUAUCCCGAUUGUCAGAAAAGAUUUAUUAGAUAGGUAUCAUCGUAAUUUCAGUUCAUUAAUCGUUAAUGCUGCUUCACAAUAUUUAGGUCAAAAACUUAGUGAUAAUAUUGUUAAGAUAAUUCUUGAUUCUCCACAAACUUCAAACAACACACUCUUACAUACGAUUGGAAACAAAUCCUUCGGUGUAACGAUUUAUAAAUCAUUAAAGAGUAAUUCGAAUGCUACCGUGGAAAGAAUCGAUGAUAUUAAAGCGGGUGAUAUCUUGUGGAUUAAGAAUGGGAAAUUCCAAAGUCAUAAGGGAUUAGUUGGUUCUAAAUCAAUUUCUACUGGUGAUGAACAUACUUCAAUUAUUUAUGAAUAUGAUAAUUCAAAUAAGAAGGAGAAAUUAAGAGUUAUUGAAACUGAUGCUGCUGGUAAUGUCAAACGAGAAACUUAUAAAUUAAGUGAAUUUAAAAGUGGAAGAAUUAGAAUUUUUAGACCAGUUGGUAAAGAUUAUAUAGGAUGGAAUUGAUUAGAUUCGGAUCCUCAAAAAGUUUUUAAAAAGCUGCAAAAAAAAAUUAAUUGUAAAUUACAAAGAUUAUUAAUGAAUUUGUAUAAAAUAUUUUGUUUUAAAGAUUAUAAUUAUGAAUAAAUAAAUAAAUAACUAUACUAUAUACCAAAUCCCCUUGAAUGAAAUGCAAUACACGAUAUAAAUCCUAGACCAAAGUAAGCGAAACAUAUUUUAAGAAUGUUCUUCUUCUUUAUUUUAUUUUAUUUUUUUGAUUUCUUUUAACAUUUAACGUCAACCAAACUUUUUUCGUAAAGAUAACCUAAAUAAAAAUCGGUAUAUGGUUAAUAUGAACAAUGAAUUAUAGACAAAACUAAAUAUAAGGAGGAGGAAUAAGGAGGAUAUAAAACUUUAAAAGACUGACCCACACUAUUUUUAUUUUUUUUUUAAAUUCUCUAAA